UACAGCAGACCAAUCUACAGUAAACAACAAGCGUUUAGAUUACUAAGCAAAAGUAUUUAAAUUCUUCGUUAUGAACAUUAGUUUUGAUGGUAAGCGUGUUCUUGUCACAGGAGCAAGUAGAGGAAUUGGAAAAAAUUUGGCUUUACGUUUAUCAAAAUAUAAUGCAACAGUUAUAGCAUUAUCUAAAACAAAAAAGUACCUUGAUAUCUUAACCAAACAAGAACCAAAUAUUCAAACUAUCUGUGUAGACUUACGUAAUUGGCAGGAAACUCGACAGGCAAUAAAAAAUAUUUUACCAAUUGAUUUAUUGGUCAAUAAUGCUGGCGUAGCGUGUUUAAAUCCAUUUCUUUCUGUCACGCCAGAAGACUGCGAUUUAACUUUUGAUGUUAACAUAAAAUCCAUUAUUAAUGUUUCACAAGUAGUAGUUGAAAAUAUGAUAGAAAGAAAAGUCGCAGGAAGUAUUGUUAAUGUAUCAUCCCAAGCAAGCUGUUGCGCACUAAAUGAUCAUGCAGUUUAUAGUGCCUCUAAGGGAGCAGUUGAUAUAUUAACAAAAACUAUGGCAUUAGAACUUGGCUCUCAUAAAAUUCGAGUAAAUACUGUAAAUCCAACUGUAACUAUGACGGAUAUGGGAAAACUUGGCUGGAGUGAUGAAACAAAAGCUCAACAAAUGCUAAAUAAAAUACCAUUAGGUCGAUUUGCAGAAGUGGAUGAAGUAACUGAUGCUAUAAUAUUUCUUUUAAGCAAUCACAGUUCUAUGAUAACUGGUGCUAAUAUUCCAGUCGAUGGUGGCUUUCUCGCUACAUAAUUGAAGAAUUAGCAAUAUUUUCUAUAUGUUCUAUUCACUAAUAGAUGAAUUUUUUAUAUUUUAAAAUUAAUUGAAAGAUGAUGUUACAUUUAUAUGAACUUUUGAGUUUGUAUUUUUAAUUUUUCUAAUAUACAUGUUAGAAUCUUUUUCGAACUUUAUAAACAUUCGAUAGUUGCAUCAUAUGUAAGACUGAGACCAUAACAGAAAAUUAAGUAUAUUAUUAACACAACGUUUAAGUUAUGGAUCAGUGAGAAUCCAUAU